UAUUGCUUACUAAAAUGACUUGCAUACACGUACAUGUACCAAACUUAUUUUUUCGAAUGAACUAGCCUUAGUCAGUUUAUUUAUUGUUAGACAAAAUAAAUUUCAUUAUGGCAAAUAUUAUUGACGGUUUGAAAAAGCGUCAAGUCAGGCGCCUUUGAUGAUGAUGACCAGCGUAGUUCUUCCGGAAGCUACCAAACGGAAUAUGGCGUGUUAGACACUUCCUAGUCUCUUUCCAAGUCCACGUCCAUCAUGCCUCCGAAAAAGGACACGAAGGGGUCUUCUAAGCAACCCCAGAAGACUCAGAAGAAGAAGGAGGGAGGAUCAGGUGGAAAAGCUAAGAAGAAGAAGUGGUCCAAGGGAAAAGUUCGUGACAAGUUGAACAACCAGGUGUUGUUCGACAAGAGCACAUAUGAAAAACUUCUGAAAGAAGUCCCGGCGUAUAAGUUAAUCACACCUUCAAUCGUCAGUGAGCGGUUGAAAAUCCGUGGAUCUUUGGCCAGGAGGGCACUUAUUGAGCUGCAACAGAAGGGUCUUAUCAAACAAGUUGUUCAGCACCAUGCGCAACUCAUCUACACAAGGACCACCAAGGGUGACGAUCCAGCUGCGUGAAUCGCUCCCUACCUGUAAAUUGAUUUAAUAAAAAAAAUUCUAUAAAAAUCAA